UGCACUUGCAAACCUCCUCCCCAGUACUUGCAGCGAUAUCUGCACCUCCUGUCUAGCCUGGACGAUUGUAGGGAUUUCCAGACACCAGCUCUCGCCGCCUCCUUCUGUGUUUCGUUUCGAGCAUAGGUGUGUCUCUGGAAUCUUCUAACCUCUGCAUGCCGAGCCUGCCCCACCUCCUGGCCUUCCUCUCAGCUAGCAGGGAUGUUCUGCCCAGAACACUGCUCUUGCCCCCCAACACUCGAGAGCCUGGAAGCCAACACACAGGUAAGAGACAAGAUCUCUCAGGGGGCAGAGCCAAGGGGUUGUCUGUGGUGAACAAGCUCUAUCUGGAGGCCCACCAUGAGGAGCAGGGGAUAGAGCAGAUGCCCCCCGAGACGCCUCCAGAUGCCGCUGAAACUCCAGCCCCCAGGUACCCCACCCCUCAUCGAGUCUCCUGGGUGGAAGAUCUGCUCAGCCCGGAACUGCACCCUGCUGGCGCUGGGCUGCCCUGCCUGGCAGAGGAGAAGGAGGAGAAGGAGGACUUCAAGGAGGAGAGAGGCUCUGAGGAUGUGCUCACCCGUCACAUCCGGGCUCUGCUCAGGGCCCGGAGCAACUACGUGGCCAGGCAGUUCCGUGGCUUUCGGGCGCGCCUGACCUCAGACGCUGUGGGCCCCCACAGGCCUGGCGACCCGGCUACAGAAUUGCUACAGGACAUGCGGCACCUCCUGACCGACCUGCAGGAUCACUUGGCCAAGGACCUGGAUGUCAAGGCUGUGUUUGGGAGCAAGGGGCCUAGGUUCACCCAGAAGGAAGAGGACUUUGAUUCCGCGGUGGAGGAGGCCUUGUGCUGGGCGGUGUUGGUCCCGCUGAAGCCCGCCCUGUGGAUGCGACUCCGCACCCUCCGCGCCUCGCAACUGAGGCACCUGCAGAGGCGACAGGUAGCGCUGCGGGCGGGGGCGGGGCCAGAGCGGCAGGGCCCCGCCUCCGCCCUGCGGAGCCGCAUCCACGCGCGCCUCGCGUACCUCCACGACGCCUGCUCCCCUCGCCGCAAGGUGGCGCUCCUGCUGGCGAUCUGUAGGGACAUUUACGCAGGCCUGGCUGGCAGCGAGAACCAAGAACCCCUGGGGGCUGACGCCUUCCUGCCCGCACUGACGGAGGAACUAAUCUGGAGCCCCAACAUCGGGGAGACACAGCUGGACGUGGAGUUUCUAAUGGAGCUCUUGGAUCCAGAUGAGCUACGGGGAGAGGCCGGCUACUACCUGACCACAUGGUUUGGGGCACUGCACCAUAUUGCCCACUACGAGCCGGAGGGACCCCGUUCGCCCCAGGGACUCAGCAGUGAGGCCCGCGCGUCCCUGCGCCAGUGGCACCGCCGACGCACCCUGCACAGAGCGGGCCAGGCCGAAGACCAGGACGCGCUGACCUUUGAGGAGCCAUGGGCCAUAGAGACAGUGCCCAGCGACCAGUGA